CGGUAAAAAUUAAAGUAAAAACACCAGUUUAGUCUCUGGCUGAAAUUCAAAAUAUGCAUCGUUACCAAAAUGCCCUGAACUUCCCUCUCCUCUGCUGUCCUCUCCCAAUUCUUCCACACCUAGGGUUUUAGUUACACAAACCCUUUUCAAACCAAACAUUCAUCUCAACCAGUAAUCAAUCACUUUUAAGUCACAAAAUCAUUCAAUUUCAAAUCCCAUUUCGCGUUGAUUUUGGCUAUCAAAAUGGACUCAAUCACACAGAAUGACAAGUCAGACGUUUUGCAAUCUAUGCUAAAAGAAUCAACUGACCGAUUUUUAACCGAAUACCGAAAAGGCGCAACCGAUUUUUCAAAUUUCGCUACCAUAUGCUCCCGCUUUCUACAAAAUUUACCCGAUCCACCUCUAGAAAUCAUCUGGUUUUACUCGGCUCUAGCUUCCCACUCCGCGAAAUUGACCGCUCAAAAAUCUUCAAACCACGUCUUUGUAGCUAAGGACUCGUUUCAGCUACUAGUUUCCUGCUCUUGUUCGUGCAAUGCAGUUAAGAAGAUUGCAGUACUUGCUCCUGUUAUCUAUGAGCUGCAUAGUUUAGUUUCUGAGGGAAAAAGGUGGACAAAUGAGAUUGAUAGUUUCUUAGAAGUGAUUGUUAGUUAUAUUAGUAUUUGUUCUGGUGCCAAUUUUGAUGAGAAUGAAGAAUUUGGGGCUCUGAGUUCUUGUCUUGUUGAUUUGGUACGUGUUUGGCUGGUGGAAAAUGUUGGGGAGAGUUGUAAAUUUGGCGAGGAGUUAAGAGUGUUUUUUCCACUUGUUAGUGAUGGAAUUAUAAAAAGGAUCGUUAGUGAAGGAUGUGGAAUUGGGUAUUUAGCUGGGAUUGUAAUGACUGAAGCUUUCUUGCUGAGGUCGUGCUUGAAAUUUAGGUUGGGAAUUUCAUGGACAGAAUUAGAGAAAGAAUUGCGUGGUUGGGCAGUUGAAAUGAUAACUGCAUUUCGAAAUUAUUACUUUGUUGAUGCCCUUCUCAAGAUGUUGCUGGAACCAACCUUGUCUGUCAGCACUAUACUGAAUUCUGAAGAUGAAGUUUUUUUGCGAAACAUACUUUAUGACACUGCAAUGACAGUGGACUAUUCCUUCCUUGGCCCUCAAAAAGGGAUCCAUCUACCUGAUUUAUGUUUGAAAAAUCUUGCUAUAACAUGGUUGUUUGUUGCUGACAAUGCCAUACAAUUCCUCAGGGAUAAUGGUAACCAGAGCAAAGUUCUUUCUUGCUUAAUAGCAUUUUCUGCAUCUUGUCUACCAUCUCAAUUGAUCAAGUGGGUAACAUGCCAGCCAGGCAUAGAGAGUGAAACAAGUAAACCAAAGGUUUCAACUCCUCUAGCUCUUAUCAAUUGGUUAUUGACUCUCGAGGAUCAAGGGGUAAGAGUAUUUGAUAGUGACACCUCAAAGAUGUAUGCAAAAACUGCUAUUGGUAAAUCAAAGAUAGAGCAUGGCCUCUCAAUCAGGCCAGAGGGCAAGAAUUUGAUUGAAAGUCACUUCUCUCAUUGCAGUAAUGAGGUUAAGACGGAUGAUAAAGUUGAUGGUGAUCUAGAGAUGUUAGAUUCUGAGGGUGCCAUGUUAUUGGCUGCUCCCAGAUUGCUGAAAGCAGUAGAAACUUACGGGACUAGGAAACGCAAAGACGGGAGAAAGGAUGAAGAAGAUAAACAAGUUAAGUUUGUGAAAUGUAAUAUUAAUGACAAUUUGGUAGCAGAGAAAGUUUCACCAUUAGAAUAUGAUGAUGCCUUGAACAGCGGGAGUGAGGUAGACAAUCCAGUUUCUGAUGAAGCAACAGAAUAUAUGGAACAAUAACAUUAAAUUAUUGAUUGAAGCGCAAGAUGUGAAAACACUGCUGGGGAAAACCAUUAUUGGUAAGAGCAUUUUGGGGGACACUUGUAUUUUAGUGGAGAAUGUGACAAGAACUAUUGUAAUUGUAAUGGGAUGUUCUGUGCUUCUCUAAUAGAGACUUCAACACUAGAAGACAAUUCCAUUCCAGCAAUUAAUUUCUUUUUUGUUGGAUUUAUCCUCUUUUGAGUUAUGUCAGCUACUCAGCGAUUGAGCUUUAGCA